GAGAGGGAAAAAAAAAGGACAAAAAAAAACUGUUCGGACCAAACUACGUCUUUGUUGGGGGUUGGAUAGUAGGUGUAAGCUAGGCGUGGGAGAAGAAACUGGAGAAGAGACGAGGCCAAGGGAGGGUUGCGGUUGCAGCAUAGCAGAGCAGACGGCCAAGCCAUGGGAGACGAUGCUUAUACCAGAUACGCCGCCUCCGCAGAUAGAGGAAGUGUAGCAAGGUCCGGUCUCUCAACCUACUCUGAAGCACCUCCUUUGACAUCUUACCCUAAUUCGACCUCUAUUGAUCAGUGGCACAUCACUCCUGAUUAUUUGCAAAAAGAUACAAAUUCAAUAGGACCUGGAGCUUAUGGAUAUACUGAUGUAGGAGGCAUUAGUAAUUAUCCGGAACCAGUUAUUGGCAGUGUGGCAUCUGGAGCAAGUGCAAAAGGCUACACUUCCCCUUUCGAAGAUUCAUUAGCGAGUCAAAGACAAGAUAUUGCAGUGGGCAGUAGUCCAGGAGUCAUGGGUAUGGCUGACACAGCUCAUGAAAGGGCCAAUUCUCUCAGUCUCAGAACUGCUGAGGGUGAUCCAAAUUCAUCUCGGGAAUCAAACAUUCUUUUCGUUGAUGGACUUCCUACAGAUUGUACUAGGAGAGAAGUAGGUCAUCUUUUCCGCCCCUUCAUCGGUUAUAAAGAUAUCAGAGUUGUUCACAAGGAGCCUAGACGAAGUGGAGAUAAGGCUAUGGUAUUAUGCUUUGUUGAGUUCAUUGAAGCAAGAUAUGCCCGGACUGCAAUGGAAGCUCUUCAAGCAGGUUACAAGUUUGAUGACAAAAAACCUGAUUCCCCUUCUUUGAAGAUUCAAUUUGCACAUUUUCCUUUCCGUUUACCAUCUAACCACGAUGACAGGCGAUGAAUGCCAUACCCAACACCAUCUGGAACUACGUGGUCUGAAGGAACUGGCAGGUUUUUGAUUGGCACUUUCCUGAUACAACUUAUGAGUAAAGCAACCUUGCGGAUUCGUACCUGGUUUCCUGUUGUUAGGUGCCUCGUGGAUCCUGUGGAAUAGUAGUUCAUUCUGAACAGAAUCGAGAAUUAAAUGGUUGAAAGGAAGCUAAUUGCAAAUUGGUUGCUGUGACCAUGUCUGACCCUACAACAGUUUUCAGUUCUUCAUGUGGGCCGGGAUAAGCCCAAAGAAGAAUCAAAUGGGCUUUAUCCAAAAAUCAAAUUCCUGUGUGGUAUUAAAUAUUGAUCAGUGUGCUUUCGAGUAUCUCUUUUUUGGCUAACAAGUUGUAGUCAGGUGGCUUACUCUUUUUCUGCC